AUGUGUUUAAAAACAAGCGGAACUGGCUCCCAAGCAAACCCACAGGGCAGGGAAGUCUUGCCCACCAAUGUCACCCCAUUGCAUUACGACUUGACGUUGGAACCCAAUUUCGACACUUUUAAAUUCAACGGUCAGGAAACAAUUGACUUCCAGGUUAAUGAAAGAACCGAUUACAUUACUUUGAACUCGUUGGAGAUUGACAUUAAAGAAGCCAAACUUGACGAGGUUACAGUGAAGGACAUCUCAUAUGACACUGAUAAGCAAACUGUUACUUUCAAAUUGCCAGACCACUUGGUUGAAGGAGCUCAAGCUCAAUUGCACUUGAAUUUUGUCGGUGAAUUGAACGACAAAAUGGCUGGCUUCUACAGAUCAACGUACAAGGAGGAUGGCAAAACCAAGUACUUGGCAACCACCCAGAUGGAACCAACUGAUUGCCGUAGAGCAUUCCCAUCGUAUGAUGAACCCUCAGCCAAGGCCAAGUUUUCCAUUUCCUUAAUCGCUGACGAAAAAUUAGUUUGUUUGUCGAAUAUGGAUGAAAAGGAAACCAACUUGAUUGGUGACCACAAGAAAAAGGUCACCUUCAACACCACCCCAUUGAUGUCGACUUACCUUGUUGCUUUCAUUGUCGGUGACUUAAAGUAUGUCGAAAACAAUGACUAUCGCGUUCCGAUCAAGGUCUACGCCACUCCUGGGUCACAGCACUUGGGACAAUACUCGGCCGACAUUGCCGCCAAGACCUUAGCAUUCUUUGACAAAAAGUUUGACAUUCCGUACCCAUUGCCCAAAUGUGAUAUGGUUGCCAUCCACGACUUUUCAGCAGGGGCUAUGGAAAACUUUGGACUAAUCACGUACAGAACUGUUGAUUUGUUGAUUGACCCUGAAAACACCAACGUCAACACCAAGCAAAGAGUGACCGAAGUUGUCAUGCAUGAAUUGGCCCAUCAAUGGUUUGGUAACUUGGUCACUAUGGACUUUUGGGACGGUUUGUGGUUGAACGAAGGUUUUGCUACUUGGAUGUCCUGGUAUGCUUGUGACUCGUUGUACCCUGAUUGGAAAGUUUGGGAAUCCUAUGUUGCCGACUCAUUGCAGCAGGCAUUAACCUUGGAUGCCUUGAGAGCUUCUCACCCAAUUGAAGUCCCCGUCAAAAGAGCAGACGAGAUUAACCAAAUCUUUGAUGCAAUUUCAUACUCCAAAGGUUCUUCCUUGUUGAAAAUGAUUUCGAGAUGGUUGGGCGAAGAUGUGUUUAUCAAGGGGGUCUCAAAUUACUUGAAAAAGCACAAAUGGGGCAACACGCAAACUUUAGACUUGUGGAAGGCUUUGAGUGAAGCUUCGGGCAAGGAUGUGGUAAAGGUGAUGGACAUUUGGACCAAAAACAUUGGUUUCCCAAUUGUCAAGGUUGAAGAAACGGGCAAUGAGAUUAAAGUGACGCAAAACCGUUUCUUGGCUACUGGUGAUGUCAAGCCUGAUGAGGACAAGGUUUUGUACCCCGUGUUUUUGGGAUUGAAAACCAGUAAAGGUCUUGACGAGUCUUUGGUCUUGGAUGACAGAUCCACCACUUUCAAGUUACCCACUGAUAAUGAUUUCUUCAAAAUCAACGGCGACCAAGCCGGUAUCUACCGUACUGCUUAUGAGCCAUCAAGGUGGAGCAAAUUGGGUAAAGCUGGUGUUGACGGUAAACUUUCAGUUGAGGAUCGUGUUGGGCUUGUUGCCGAUGCUGGCUCGUUAGCAUCCUCUGGAUUCAUCAAAACCUCAAGCUUGUUAGACUUGGUCAAGUCCUGGUCCAAAGAGUCAAACUACGUUGUUUGGGAUGAGAUUUUGACCCGAGUUGGAUCCAUCAAGGCUGCAUUGUUGUUUGAAGAUGAUGCCACCAAAAAUGCCUUGAAGGUGUUCACUAGGGAUUUGAUUGGCGACAAGUUGAAGGAGAUUGGGUGGGACUUCAAGAGCACUGACUCUUUUGCAGACCAACAAUUAAAGACCUCGUUGUUUGCUUCUGCGGCAAAUUCUGACGACCCAAAAGCGGUUGAGUUUGCCAAAGAUGCAUUCAAAAAGUUUGUCGCUGGUGAUAAAAAGGCUAUCCAUCCAAACUUGAGAGCCACCAUCUUCAAUGUUAAUGCUAAAAAUGGUGACGAAAAGACGUUUGAUGAAAUUUUCGCCAUUUACAAAAACCCGCAAUCAAUUGAAGAAAAGAUUGCUGCUUUGCGCUCAUUGGGUAGGUUCGAAAAGCCAGAGCUUAUGGACAAAGUCACUGGGUUGUUGUUGCAAACCGACAUUAUCAAGCAACAAGACAUUUACAUUCCAAUGCAAGGUUUGAGGUCACAUGCAGGUGGUGUUGUUAAGUUGUGGCAAUGGUUAAAGGAAAACUGGGAUGCUGUUUAUGAGUUGUUACCCCCAGGAUUGUCCAUGUUGGGUUCUGUUGUCACUUUAACUACAUCUGGAUUCACCAAAGAGGAGCAAAAAAAGGAUGUUGAGAAAUUCUUUAGUUCAAGGGAUACCAAGGGGUACAACCAAGGUUUGGCUCAAUCCUUGGACAUCAUCACUGCCAAGGGCAAAUGGGCCGAUCGCGACUCCAAAUUGAUCUUAGAGUGGCUCUCUGCUAAUGGUUACAAGUAG